AUGAAAAUGAAGGAAGAAAAGGACGAUCUUGUUCAUCAUGUAAAUGAUAUUCCUUCGAUUCCAACUAUUCUUCUUCUGGGAUUCCAGCAAAUGAUGAUAUGUCUUUCAAUGCUUCUUGUAGUUCCAUAUUUGGUUUCUGGUAUGGUUUGUCCCGGAGACAAAGAAACUGAAAUACGAGUUCAACUUAUAUCUGCUUCCUUUGUCACAUCUGGAGUAGCUACUUUGCUACAAACUACUUUUGGAAUGAGACUGGCUAUUCUUCAUGGUCCAUCGUUUGCUUAUCUCCCCGUUCUCAAUACUUUCCAAGCAACAUAUCCGUGCAAUGAGCAAACAGAUACAAGUUUAUGGCAGCAUAAAAUGCAGAUGAUAUCAGGUAGUUGUCUGGUCGCAGUUCUAGUGAUGCCUCUUUUUGGAAUCACUGGAUUGAUUGGUUUCCUUUCGAAAUUCAUUGGUCCAAUCACAAUCGUACCUAUUAUGACUCUUCUGACAAUUAGUGCUGUGCCGGAUGUUGAGCAAAAAAUGGCAUUACAUUGGAUGCCAUCUGUGGAAUUCCUCAUUCUUGUUGUGUUCAUUGUUUUGUUGGAGCAUUGGGAAAUGCCGAUUCCUGCAUUUUCAUUCAAGGAUAAAAAGUUUUAUGUUGCCAGAAGGAAAAUUUUGAGCCAGUUUCCGUAUAUCAUUGGUAUUGCCAUCGGCUGGUUCAUUUGUUUUAUUUUAACAGUCACCAAUGCGAUUCCAGUCAACAGUUCAGCUAGAACUGAUCAAAACUCAAGCAUCGAAACGUUGAGAAGCACUCCUUGGAUUCAUUUUUCGAUUCCUGGUCAAUAUGGAACACCAAUAGUAGACGUUUCUCUGUUAUGUGGAUUUAUUGCAUCUAGUUUUGUUGCAAUGAUUGAAAGUAUAGGAGAUUACAAUCUCUGUGCGAAACUUUCGAAGCAAGGAAAAAUUCCUGAAUCGAAUUUGAAUCGUGGAUUUAUAGUUGAAGGUAUUGGAUGUAUGCUUGCUUCAUCAUUUGGAAUUGGCACUGGAGUUACAACAUACGCUGAAAAUAUUGCUAUUAUGUCUGUAACAAAAGUUUCGAGUCGAAUAACAAUGCAGGUAGCUGGUCUGUUUUUGUUGAUUGCUGGAAUAUUUUCCAAAUUCUCUGCCGUCCUUGCAAUGAUUCCGGAGCCCGUUGUGGGCGGAGUUCUAGCAAUCGGAAUAUGUAUGGUUAAUGGGGUCCUACUGAGAAAUCUAAUGACAGUGGAUCUUCGCCUUUCUAGAAAUUUGAACAUAAUGGGAAUCUCAAUAAUAAUGGGGUUGACUGUUGCACUACACUUUGAGAAUAAUCCAUUGAAAACUGGAAAUCAAAUGGUUGAUAAUGUAUUUGGAACUCUUCUGACUAUCCGAAUGUUAAUAGGUGGAAUUAUUGCAUUUGUACUUGAUAAUAUUGCUUCUGGUCCGUCACUAACCAUUGUUUUAUUAUUGAAAUUUCGGUUUCCAGGAGCAACAAGAGAACAACGUGGGUUCAGAAGCUCAGAUGACGUUGGAGAUGAGGAGAUUCUUAUUGAAAAUAAUGGCUACGCACUGCCUUCUACUCUAAAUAGGUUUUUUCUGAAACACAGAUGGCUGACAUAUAUUCCUUUGGUACCGUCGAGAAAUGAGAUUCUGGAUAUUGAAGAAAAAAGAAUGGAUGUAAAGUACAAAUUGUGA